AUGUCAGAGGUGGAUGAUGAAUGUCGGGACGAUGUGCACCUCUGGAACGAACCCCACAUCAGGGUCGAAACCACCCUGGCCAUAUUGAAACCUGACGCCUUUGAACAUCAUGAUACUAUUGAGGAUGUCAUACUUACUAAUGGAUUCACAAUUAUACACGAAAAGAGCAUCCAGAUGAGUCCAGAGCAGGUGACAGAAUUUUACGUAAAGAAUUCUGAUCCCACUUACACAUCGGACAUGGUGAAAUUUUAUUCCUCUGGAAUCAGUCGGGUGUUGUUACUAGCCAGGAAGAACGCCGUUCAAAGGUGGCUGACCAUCAUCGGACCCAAGAAUACUUACAUCGCUAAAGAAACACAUCCAAAAAGUUUGAGGGCACGUUUCGGCACGGAUGACCUGAGAAAUGCUGUGCACGGCAGUGAAAAUCUCGAAGUUGCAAAAAGAGAGAUAGCUUAUUUCUUCUCCAAUCGGAUUUUAGAGCCACUUGUAACAGAAAAGGGUAUGAAGAAUUACUUAGCUCGUUUGGUUAACUUCACAUUAAUACAGGGCUUGAAAGAACUGUGCUACGUUAAACCGUCAAAUCCCAUGACAUGGCUGGCAGAUUGGUUACUGGAGCACAAUCCCAACAAGCCAGACGUCAAUCCAUCCAUUUAUUACGUGCAAUGA